AUGUCUGUUCAAGUCCUCUUUAUUGUGCCUCUUGUCGCUUUUGUUUGCACCGCUAGUGCCAGGAAGCUCACAAGCGAAAAGGGUUCAUUUCAAGAUCAGAAAGAGUUUGGUGUCGGCGCUGGAUUUGGUGGUGGCAUCAGUGGAAGUGUCGGUGGUGGCGCUGCCAUUGGUGGUGGCAGUGGAGUGGGUGGAGGUGGACAAGGUGGCGGCGGAAGUGAGGGUGGUUUUGGAGGAGCGCCUGGACUUAGUUGCGGACUUGGAGGUGGUGGUGGAUUGCCUUGA